CGAGGCGUUGCCAUGGCCCCUCUGUGAGUUAGGGCCGCGCGCGCGCGCCGGGUUGGGGAGAGCCGGCCCAGUUGCCCCAGGCCCAGGGCAAGCAAGGGUCCCGUCAGCCGCGCGCCCCUGAACACACGCCGCUCCCAUUUCCCGACCGCAGGCAUGAACCGCAAGAAGCUGCAGAAGUUGACGGACACCUUGACUAAAAAUUGCAAGCACUUCAAUAAAUUUGAAGUGAACUGUCUUAUAAAUCUUUUUUAUAAUUUGGUGGGAGAAGUAACAGAGCGGCAAGGUAUCACCAUUGGGCUAGAUCGUAAUGCAUUUCGAAAUAUCCUGCAUAUGACAUUUGGAAUGACAGAUGACAUGAUUAUGGACAGAGUAUUCCGAGGUUUUGAUAAAGACAACGAUGGCUGUGUAAACGUAUCAGAGUGGAUUUAUGGAUUGUCAGUAUUUCUUCGAGGAACUUUGGAAGAAAAAAUGAAAUAUUGCUUUGAAGUGUUUGAUUUGAAUGGUGAUGGAUUCAUUUCAAAGGAGGAAAUGUUCCAUAUGUUGAAGAACAGCCUUCUCAAACAGCCAUCUGAAGAAGACCCUGAUGAAGGAAUUAAAGAUUUGGUUGAAAUAACACUUAAAAAAAUGGACCAUGACCAUGAUGGGAAGCUGUCUUUCUCAGACUAUGAACAAGCUGUGAGAGAAGAGACCCUUCUACUGGAAGCUUUUGGACCAUGUCUUCCUGAUCCAAAGAGUCAUAUGGAAUUUGAAGCCCAAGUAUUUAAAGAUCCGAAUGAAUUCAAUGAUAUAUGAAUACCUAAAUGUCUGUGUUGUCUCAAAAUCACCCCCAGCUCUUCCACAGUCAUCCAGAGCUGAUGGUAAUUCUCACCUAGUGUGGCCAAGAAAGGAUGGCAACUGCAUUUGACAUGGAGAGAUUAUUAUAAACGAUCCAUAAUAAAAUAGAAAUUUAACCUA